CGCUUCCUCCGCAACCACAAACACGACCUCAAUUCCAUCCUGACCUCUCGCCCUUCGUUCGCUCCCGAAUCUCCGUUCCUCUCUCGAUAUCCUCUCACCUGCGUGAAAUUCGAUACCUCAUCUCCGGCGCCUAACCCACCAUGGCAGGCUUCGACUUCAGCAACCACAACCGCAAUGCCGCUCUCCAUGCCCAAGGUGUCCCUCUACCCAAGGCCACUAGCACAGGAACGACCAUUGUUGGCUGCCUGUUCGACGGCGGUGUAGUCAUUGCAGCAGACACUCGAGCAACUAGCGGUCCCAUCGUAGCAGACAAGAACUGCGAGAAACUGCACUACAUUGCCCCUCAAAUUUGGUGUGCCGGAGCAGGUACCGCCGCCGACACAGAGUUCACGACUGCCAUCAUAUCAUCCAACCUAGAGCUGCACGCUCUUUCGACAGGCCGCAAACCCCGCGUCGUAACAUGCAUGACAAUGCUCAAGCAGCACUUGUUCAGAUACCAGGGCUACAUUGGCGCAUAUCUUGUCGUUGCGGGCGUCGAUCCUACCGGCGCACACCUCUUUACCGUCCACGCACACGGCUCCACAGACAAAUUGCCAUAUGUGACCAUGGGUUCUGGAUCGCUAGCCGCCAUGUCGGUGUUCGAGACGCAAUGGCGUCCUAAACUGACCAGAGACGACGCUGUAAAGCUGUGCUCCGAAGCUAUUCUGGCCGGUAUCUUCAACGACUUGGGAUCGGGAAGCAAUGUCGAUGUGGCGGUUAUCACAGAGGAGAAGACGACGUUGAUGCGGAACUUCAUCACUCCCAACACGCGGGUGCCAAAGGAGAGGAAUUACAAGUUCCCCAAGGGUACGACGGCGGUGCUGAACGAGAAGAUCAUCACGAAGGAGGAGAUUAGCAAGUACGUUACGGUACACGAGCUAGAGGACGAGAGUGUCACCGCUACGGCGGAGAAAAUGGAAGUGGAUCAGUGAGAGCAAAGGGAUUGAUUGUGAUGGACCAUGAGAUCGGAAUCGAACGUACUCAAAUAUAGAGGCUGCACUCUUGGCAUUGUCGCCAGCAUCGAAUUUUGGUACUGGGAACUCAUGUUCCUGGAGUGAUAAUAGGGUUUUCUCCGUGACACAGUCUUCUCUUCUUCCAUCCUACGGCGGCUUCGCACGUUGACAUGGAACUUCCUCUGCACUUCCACCGUAGGUUAGAUUGCCUGUUUGGCGCAACUCAAUUGGGUACAAUCGAACUAGGUCACUAGAAACCUAGGUUUUG